GUUGGGCAAUUACAGCUAUUGGUUUGCCGAUUAUGUAAAAGACUGAAAGUAUUGUUGAUAGUGAAUACAGAUAAUUAAAUUUGAGUGUGUAAUCUUAGUAGGCUUGUUUUCCAAACAUUGCCGAGUCUGACACCAUGUGGAUCUUCUCCUGCAAAGGUUGAAGUUUUACAGUUCUCAAAACAUAUUUGAUAAAAUUCCAAGGGACUCUUCAAAAUCUCAACUUCGAGGUUUCAAUUUAUCACUCCCUGAUUUCUUAUACCUUACCAAUCAGUAUAUAUUGGCUAAUCCAGAGACUUAUUAUAUAUAGAAACAGAGCCGAACCUGUUAGAAUUGGAUCCCGCUACGACACCAAACAUGAAUUUAUUCUCCAAGAAACCUACAGCUAAAGAGGUACUCCGAGACAGUAAACGAGAAAUGGCCAAUGCCACCAGAGGCAUAGAGAAGGAAAUUUCUGCUUUGCAAUUGGAGGAAAAGAAGCUUGUUGCUGAGAUCAAGAGAACUGCUAAAUCUGGAAAUGAGGCUGCAACUAAGAUACUAGCACGCCAGCUAAUCAGGCUAAGACAGCAAAUUGCUAACCUGCAAGGUAGCCGAGCUCAGAUGAGAGGCAUAGCAACUCACACACAAGCAAUACAUGCCCAAACUUCAGUUGCUGCAGGCAUGAAGGGUGCCACUAAAGCUAUGACAGCCAUGAAUAAGCAAAUGGCUCCAGCAAAACAGGCAAAGGUGAUUCAAGAUUUCCAAAAACAAUCAGCUCACAUGGACAUGAUUACAGAGAUGAUGUCAGAUGCCAUAGAUGAUGCUUUGGACAAUGAUGAAGCUGAAGACGAAACAGAAGAGUUGACGAACCAGGUCCUUGAUGAAAUCGGUGUUGAUAUUGCUUCACAGUUAUCAGCAGCUCCAAAAGGAAAAAUUGCUGGGAAAAAGAUUGAGGAGAGCAGUAGCUCGGGAGUUGAUGAACUGGAGAAGAGAUUGGCUGCCCUUAGAAAUCCUUAGGGUUGAUACAUCAUUUUCCUACUGUUUCUUAGUAUAAGCUUCUUGGUAGAAUUAUUUGUACAUGCCCCCCCCCCCUCAUUACUAUCAUCUGAUACACAUCCUCAUCCGAUACACAGGUAACACAGCCACA